CAAUAUAUUUAGUGGCGCAGGAGAAGGAAGAAGCAUGAACUCAUUCCCUUUGUUAAGCGCUGUGCUCUUGCUAAGCCUAGGAACCAUUGGGUUUGCUGAAGCUAAGGAUACCUGUGGAAAAUAUAUUUCCAGUCGCAUUGCAGGAGGGCAGGAAGCAAUUCAAGGCAGACACCCAUGGCAGGUGUUUUUGUGGAGUCCUGGUUCAUUCCGAUGUGGCGGCACUCUCAUCAGCCCCAGCUUGGUUGUGUCUGCAGCUCAGUGCUUAAAGGGGUUGGCUCCAUCUUCCCUUAGCGUUAUUCUGGGGGCGCACAACUUAAGUACAUACAACUCUGAGGAGAUUUCUAUUCCAGUGAAAAGCAUUAUUAUACAUCCUAAUUACACUGAAACAACUCUUUACGGUGACAUUGGCCUAGUAGAGCUGACACAGAACGUGUCCUUCACUAAAUACAUCAUGCCAGUUUGUCUACCUUCAGCUUCCAUUUCAUUUUCCCCUGGCACAAAUUGUUGGGUGACUGGCUGGGGAGCCAUGGAGUUUAACAAUAGCAAAUCAUUAUCGAGCACUUUGCGAGAAGCAGCAGUGCGGUUGCUAAGUGACAAUCAGUGCAAUUCUCUUGUAAAAGUGAAGGUUAAUGACACGAUAUGUACAAUGGACACCAGUGGUGAAAAAAGACCCUGUCAGAAUGACACAGGAGGGCCCCUUGUUUGUUCAGCGAACAAUGUUUGGUACUUGGUCGGAGUGGUGAGCAAUGAUAAUUGUGGAGAUAAGAGCAUCCCCAGUGUUUAUACAUAUGUGCCUGCCUAUAGGGACUGGAUUGCGACUAAUAUCUCUACCAGUGUCUCUAGUGGCUCAGCAAGAAUAGGAUUCAUAUCUGGAUUGGCACUCAAGGACUUGAGCUUGAUCUCCUUCAUCCAUUCACUAUGCUGUGUGACAUUGGGUGAUCUUUGCUUUGUCCUUACCAUUAGCUCCGCUUUUUGGUUGAGGUAGAGACAUUUGGAGUUGGCUGUGGGAAGUCAUACAACGCUGGAUCUUCCACCCUCCCGAAUAACCAUGAAGGAUGGUUUAAAGAAUGAUUUCAUGGAGUUUAACUAAAAUUAUUUAACUUUUGUUAUACGUUGAUUCAUAUUUAUAAUGCAGCAAACAUAUUUAAUGCUUUAGAAGAAUAUUGAUGCGCAGAUAUAUCAUUUUAAUAUUAAAGAAGUGCUUGCCAUUCAGCUUUCCUUCUUCCAACAUCAUUGCAAAAUUCAUAGAUGGAACAAAUAUGAACAAUUCAUUUCUUUUCCCACUCCUUUUUGCUUUCAGGUUUGUAAUAUUCUUGUCUAUUUUAAUUAAUUAACAUUAUUGCAAAAUAUUAGGAUUAUAUUAUGAUCAAUAAACAUCUGUACAGUGA